CUGAAAGUUAAACGUCUUCCUUAACUCAAAUUAUUGGAAAGCAACAAAACAAAGUAAGAGAGCGAGAAGCUUUAUCGCUUUAUUUAUCAGUUUCAAAUACUACAAUGAAACGCCUGCCUCGACGAUAUCCAUUUUAUAAGUGUCAUGGUGCUUCUCAGCUUUUUUUCAUUGGUAUUGAGAAAGAUUUAUUACUGUUAUCGCUAUAGCGUAGACACAUUGCUUUAUAUAGCCACUGUAGUUACAACUGCGAGCCUUAUGGUAUUGAAUGCUGCUCUAAGUUUUUUAAUAUUAUUGGAAGAAUUCGUCGUGUUUUGCUUGAUUUUACCUUGGAUUCCAACAAAGAAGUUGGGUGAUAUUGUAAACUUCAUCCGGAAGUGGGGAUUUCCUACAAGAAUACAUUUCCUCGUAUACAUUUCUCUUGGCGCCCUUUUCGUAAUCUUCUAUUUCAUUAGUCUAGAACUGCAUUACCUUCAGAUUAACGAGAAUCUGCGAGUCAGUUUUGACGAAUUUAGAAACUCUCUACUGACUGUCGUCAAACUCUUUAUCGUUAUUCAUAGGUUUUUCGACCAUUUGUGUACUGAAUCCUCACUAAGAAACACCUGCAAAGUGUUACGGAAACGACUUAAAGACGAAAAAGGCGAAGAUUUCGAUACUAUGGAAGCACUUGAAGCCAUAGAUGAUGACUUGGAAUUGGAAAAUCUGCGGUAUGAGCUGAAAAAGACGAAACUGGAGUUGGAUUGUUUACGUACAUCAUACUCCAAACUGCAGCAGCAAAUAGAAGGAGAAGCAUAAAUACAGAAAGAUUAUCACAAAAAGUAGCGAAUGUUGAAUUUUCUUUAAUUAUAAUCCAUCAUGUUAAUACAACACUCAAAGAAUCAUCAUUUCAAAAUAGGAACAUAAUUAAGUGUGAAAGAAUUUUUUCUUUCUUUCCCAUCUUUGCUUUUAUCAUUGUGGUAUGUGUCAUGCAUUUUUCUAACUUCAUUGUAACAUCUAUAAUAAUAAAAUGAAGAGUUUGUGUGUCUUC